UUUUUUUUUUUUUAAUCACAUGACGAACUUCAUAAAACGAGUAAGAAGAUCCUUGUCUGAAUUAAAUUGGCUAGAUCUUUUACUGAAUAGGAUCAUUCACAUAUCAGUUGAGAGAGACUGGUCCUUUAUAGACGGGAAAUAAAAAGAGCGCUUCACUAGAGGGUAUCGGACGCGGAAGUGACGACUAUUUCCAACCCGUUAUACCCUCCGUGUGGGAAUCGGUGUCGGUCAUGAAGUCCUCUCUGCUACUGAGCGUUUUUCUAAGGCAGUGUGCGGAGACUCGUACAAACUUCCGAAGCUUCUCAAGCGUUGUUCUCAAACGACAAGUGCAAUGCUCGCCGGGCCCGAGGGGGAUGCAGCCUUGCUUCGCGUCCGGGGGAUGCUCGGCCCUGAUGUUCAGAAGACACGGCGAGCCGUCUCAAGUGGUGGAGUUGGAGACCCUAGAGCUACCCUCUGUAGGCGCAAAUGAUGUUCUCGUCAAGAUGUUGGCGGCCCCAAUUAACCCGGCAGAUAUCAACAUGGUUCAAGGUACGUACGGCAUCCUCCCGGAGCUCCCUGCCGUCGGCGGCAACGAGGGGGUCGCCCAGGUCGUAGAGGUGGGAUGCCAGGUGACGACUUUGAAACCCGGAGACUGGGUUAUACCGAAAGACGCCGGUCUAGGCACGUGGCGCACAGCGGCGGUAGUGAGUGAGAAUAGUCUCAUCCAACUACCCAGUGACAUCCCUCUGCUGUCCGCUGCUACGCUCAGUGUUAACCCCUGCACCGCCCUACGCAUGCUCUCGGACUUCCAGGAGCUCCAAGAAGGGGACACCGUUAUUCAGAACGCUGCCAACAGUGGAGUUGGUCAGGCUGUAAUACAGAUCGCUGCCGCCAGGGGGCUCACUACCAUUAACAUUGUCAGAGACAGGCCACAGUUUAACCAGCUCAGUGACAGGCUGAAGGCGAUGGGCGCCAGCCAUGUGAUCACAGAGGAAGCGCUGAGACUACCACCAAUGCAGGAGCUGUUCAAGACCUGUCCCAAACCCAAGCUGGCCCUGAAUGGGGUUGGGGGCAAGAGCGCCACUGAACUUCUGCGACACUUAGAGCAUGGAGGGACCAUGGUGACGUACGGAGGGAUGUCCAAGCGGCCCGUCACCAUCCCUGUGGGCGCUCUGAUUUUUAAGGACGUGAAGGUGAGGGGCUUCUGGGUCACCAAGUGGAAGGCGAACCACUCGCACGAUGAGAAGCCUUUCAUAGACAUGCUGGAUGAACUUUGCACCCUGAUCCGCCAGGGGAAGCUGACCGCCCCCGUGUGUAACCAGGUGGAGCUGGGGGAUCACCGCAGGGCUCUGGAGGCAGCCAUGGAGCCCUACGCCUCAGCAAAACAGAUCCUGGUCUUGUGACCUUAGGAACAUCUCCUAUGCCAAUCAGCUAUGCAGGAUAAGAGCUGGUUGGAGCGUUGGAAGCAGUUUAUCAGCUGCUCAAGGAUAAGACUUAGCUAAUGAGCCUUUCACAGCACAAAGUCCAGCUAUUUAUCUUCUGUCAGGGAGGUAGAGGCUAAAACUUAAAAACUCAUUAGCUAUUGUUAAUGAGGUAUAUAAAUGAUGGAAAUAAUUGAUAUAUAACUGAUCAUUAAAUGGCAUUACUGGCAGUGAUUUAUCUUGGUCACGAAAAACAAUAAAGUAUUUUAUUAAUAUGUAUGCAAGUCUAAAUGGACUGUAAAAAAAAUCAUCGAUAGUUAAAGGUUGGUUACAAAGUUCAACAGCUUCUGAAUUAAAUUGACAAAUAAUAGUCAUUACGGGUUAGCACAAACAAACCAAAGUAUAACAAGUCAAAGGUUACCUUGUCCAUUGUGAAAACAUUCACAAUGGACAAGGUAACAGCUAAAACACAUCUGGAGUCAUCUUGGCAUAAUCCAAGACGAUAUAAUCCAAUAUCACAAUAGUUGCAUGACUAACUCAUUCUACACCGUCUAAACAUCCUUGAAAGAGAAACGUCAUCACGACGGCUGCUCCUCACCAACUCCACCAAAACAAACUUAUUGCCAUGGAAACUAACAAGGUCGUCGAGGCGCCGUGGACGACGCCCGCCCCUUCCUCGUCCACGCAGUCUCUGUAGGCGUCAAACUCUACUGCUCGGGCGGCGCACACAUGGUCCACCCGGCACGCGGCGUCGCACGCGCUCAGGUCGUAGCUGACGGAGUUGAAGUGGUAGUACUUCUGGAGGGUGCAGCGGUCGUCGGCCAUGCGCUGCAGCACCCGGUGCAUGGAGCGCGGCGACGCGUCCGGCAGCCUGAAGCUCUCCGUCAGGCGGUACUCCUUCUCCCAGCCGCCCCGGCCCAGGUUGGAGCGUGUCAGGUUCAGGUAGUAGGUCACCAGGUCCUGUGGGUAACCGGGGUAAACGCCUCUUCAACUGCAGUACUUGAUGGAAUCAAUUAUGAAGAUGUUUGAACAUUGUUUUACAAGUAGGUUUUCAUGUAGAUUUUUCAUUAUUGUGUUGGACAGCUGCAAAUUCAAAUUUUGGUUUAUUCUUUGCAAUAUUUUGUUGUUGCGGUAAUGUUGUCCAACUUAUUGCACUAACGCCACAAUGCCAGGUGUCCCUAGUGCGUUGUUCUCCAUGGUGGGGUCCACUGAUCACAUGGGUUCUGUGUUGUGGGUGUCACCGCUAAGAUGUCUUCAGACCGGAUGUCACGACAAAGUUACUUUUUGGGUGUCUUACUUGGACCAGCAGGGUCUGGGUGUCGUACUCAAUGCUACGGAUCCCGGGGUUGUUGGCUCCGUCUUUGACCCCCGGCAGGGUGGUCUUCCAGGGGGUCACGCCAGGGCUCAGGAACAUGGUGCUGAUGGGAUUGUCUGUAACACAACAUGGGUGUCAUUAUACGUUAUACAACACAAGGCAAUCGACAAUAAUGGCUACAUGUGGGCCUAACACAUUUCACUACAACAAUUUCAAGAUGACUGCAUCUAAUUCAUGUUUUUCACAAAUGGAUUUCGAUUUUUCUUUGGUGUCAAAUUAUUGGAUGGAUCAAUGUCCUGUGUCCUGUCCACACCUGUGGCCCUUCUUGAGCAAGAUGCCCUAACUGCUACCCACUCCUCAAUAACUUGUAUCCCAACAAAAAACUCAUCAGCCUCAUAACUAACCUUGGAUAAGCCUCUGCUAAAUGAAUAAACGUUUGUGCGUAAA